AAAAGCCUUAAAGAUUUCAGUUUUUUUAAUUUUUCUGCGACUCCUUCGCCGGAUCGAUUUUUGCGACUUGCGAUUGAAGGUUGUAUUUGGAUUAGAAGACUCAUUGUGAUCACAGAGAGUUUCCGAGAGUUUCCAACAUAAUCAUCUCUUCAGGUAUGUUUUGGAGACUCCUGAGAGAAUUCAGACUUCAAGAUAGGUAUGUGUUUCUCCUAAACUUGUUAUGAAUUAGUUUAUAUCGUUACACACUUAAUUUAUGGCAGAUGAACAAGAACCUCUCUGAAAAUGGACUCUGCAUAUUAUCAGCCCUCAGUUAGAGAGUGUCUCACUUUAAUUUGGAAGAGAGGAAGAGAGACUUAUCCCAAACAGCUAAGCUACUCGAUGGAGCAUUCGAGCGAUGUGAUGGUUGACUCCACCGAAGCUUCUGAUCUCGACAAAGAAGAGCUUCCUCAUGAGUUACUCUGUUUAAUCCCACCAUAUGAAGGCAAAACUGUGCUGGAACUUGGAGCUGGUAUUGGCCGUUUCACUGGUGAAUUGGCUCAGAAGGCUGGUGAAGUUAUCGCCCUCGACUUCAUCGAAAGUGCCAUUCACAAGAAUGAAAGUGUUAAUGGGCAUUACAAGAACGUUAAGUUUAUGUGUGCUGAUGUAACCUCUCCAGACUUGAAAAUAGCAGAUGGAUCUAUCGAUUUGAUUUUCUCAAAUUGGUUGCUCAUGUAUCUUUCUGACAAAGAGGUGGAACUAAUAGCAGAGAGAAUGCUUGGAUGGGUAAAGCCAGGGGGCUACAUUUUCUUCAGAGAGUCUUGCUUCCACCAAUCUGGGGACAACAAGCGUAAAUCAAACCCCAUUCACUACCGUGAACCAAGAUUCUAUACUAAGGUUUUCAAACAAUGUCAGACAGGUGAAGCUUCUGGCAAAUCAUUUGAGCUCUCUAUGGUUGGUUUCAAAUGCAUUGGGGAUUAUGUGAAUAACAAGAAGAAUCAGAAUCAGAUUUGCUGGAUAUGGCAAAAAGUUAGCUUGGAGAAUGACAAAACCUUCCAGCGUUUCUUGGACAAUGUUCAAUAUACGUCUAGUGGGAUCUUGCUCUAUGAGCGUGUCUUUGGGGAAGGAUAUAAUAGCACUGGUGGAUUUGAGACAACUAAAGAAUUUGUGGCGAUGAUGGACCUUAAACCUGGACAGAAAGUUCUAGAUGUUGGUUGUGGUAUUGGUGGAGGUGACUUCUACAUGGCUGAGAAUUUUGAUGUUCAUGUAGUUGGAAUCGAUCUAUCGGUCAACAUGAUCUCUUUAGCGCUGGAGCGUGCCAUUGGACUCAAAUGCUCAGUCGAGUUCGAAGUCGCGGACUGCAACACAAAAACAUAUCCCGACAAUUCUUUUGAUGUUAUUUACAGCCGUGACACUUUUCUGCACGUCCAAGACAAGCCAGCUCUAUUCAAGAAAUUCUUCAAGUGGCUUAAACCAGGCGGUAAAGUUCUCAUCACUGACUAUUGCAGAAUUGCUGAUACUCCGUCUCUUGAAUUCCAAGAGUACAUGGUACGAAGACGAUAUGAUCUCCACGGUGUUCAAGCUUACGGAAAAAUGCUGAAAGAAGCAGGCUUUGAGGAUGUGAUUGCUGAUGACCGUACUGAUCAGUUUGUACAAGUCCUCAGGCGUGAAUUAGCAAAAGUGGAGAAAGAAAAGGAAGAAUACAUCAACGACUUCUCAGAAGAGGAUUACAAUGGCAUUGUAAGAGUAUGGACAGCAAAGCUUCGAAAGACUUUAUCUGGUGAACAAAAAUGGGGAUUAUUCAUAGCCAACAAGAAGUCAAAUCUAUAGUUACCCUCAACAAGAACUCUAUAACCUAUCCUCUUGUGAUUCUCUUCCCUGGAGGACAAUAUUUUCUUGUUUUGCUAUCUUGGAAAUGCAAAUUGAAAGAAAAACUAGUUGUGUUGUUCGAUUUCUACUC